UCGCGUCCCACGUGUGGUGGCUGCCGCCCGGGUGGCGGCGGGGGAGUGCCUGAGAGCAAGGUGCCUGCGGUUGCUGACAGGUCCCGGAGCAGCUCGGUCCCUGCACGCCGCCUCCCAGGUGGGGACCGAGGGUAGUUUGGAAACCUCGCGGAGCGCACGGAGAAGGAGUGCAGAGGCUCCGGGGGAGGGAGGAGAGUCCCACAAGGACAGAGGGACUGAAGAGGAGCUCGAGCCCAACGGAGACGACCUGACCCGGGAUCCGGAGCCCAGGCGGAUCAAAAGGCCAGAGGAGGCCGGAGCUGUGGACCCUGCUGGGAGUCCUAGCAAGUCCGCGGUCCCGGAGCCACGCGCGCGUCCUCCUUGGGGACUGAGCUAGAGAUGCUCGCGUGCUGAGCGGAGAUCCGUGCCCAGAGGCUGCUCCGGGCAGGGGCAGAGCUGCACCCCUUCUCUGCCACCAAGACCACCACCCUCUGUCGCCCUUUGGCACAGACUGUCGGGGACGUGGAGGGGGGGCGAGCUGUACCCUUGCUAGGCUCGGACUUGGGCGCCUCGGAGACCUAAGACGAUGGUUUCUUAAGCACCGUCCCGCAGUUCCCUUCCCGUCCCCUUCACUCCGGCGCUCCCGCGUCACCUCCCGAGGUCGCAGGGCGCCAGGGCGAUGCGGCCUCUGUCCAGCGCUCGGUCCCGCCACUCGGAUGUCUGUGCAUCUGACGCCGUCCGGGCCUAGCAUGGCCCGAGCGCACCCCGACUUCGCCACGGGCUAGGAUGGCCCCUCCGGGCCCGGCCGGCGCGCACCCCACCCCGGCCGCCGAGCCGCUGUCCCGCAGCAUCUUCCGCAAAUUCCUGCUCAUGCUCGGCUCCCUGCUCACGUCCCUCUACGUCUUCUACUGCCUGGCCGAGCGCUGCCGAACCCUGUCCGACCCGGUCGUGGGGCUGUCGGGGGGCGGCGGCGAGGAGGCGGGAGCCCCGGGGAGCGGCGGAGUGCCGGGGAGGUGGCCCGAGGCCGCGCAGAGCCAGCGAGGGCGACCGUGGCGGCGGCGACCGCUCGGGCCGCGGGACGACGGCGAUCAGGACGCGGGCGAGGGGAUGCCUGCGCUGGCCGCGGGUCCGGGCGGCGGCGGCGGCUCCGGGGCUGGAAGCAGCGCGGCCGACGCUCCACCGGCCACCCUGGCCUUGCUCCUGGACGAAGGCAGCAAGCAGCUGCCGCAGGCCAUCAUCAUCGGCGUGAAGAAGGGCGGCACGCGGGCGCUGCUGGAGUUCCUGCGCGUGCACCCCGACGUGCGCGCCGUGGGCGCCGAACCCCACUUUUUCGACCGCAGCUACCACAAGGGUCUCGACUGGUACCGGGACCUGAUGCCCAGAACCCUGGAGGGGCAGAUCACCAUGGAGAAGACGCCCAGCUACUUCGUGACGCGCGAGGCGCCCGCGCGCAUCUCGGCCAUGUCCAAGGACACCAAGCUGAUCGUGGUGGUGCGCGACCCGGUGACCAGGGCCGUCUCGGACUACACGCAGACGCUAUCCAAGCGGCCCGACAUCCCCAGCUUCGAGAGCCUGACGUUCCGGAACCGCAGCGCGGGCCUCAUCGACACGUCCUGGAGCGCCAUCCAGAUCGGCCUGUACGCCAAGCACCUGGAGCCCUGGCUGCGCCACUUCCCGCUCGGACAGAUGCUCUUCGUGAGCGGCGAGCGGCUGGUCAGCGACCCGGCCGGAGAGCUGGGCCGCGUGCAGGACUUCCUGGGCCUCAAGCGCAUCAUCACCGACAAGCACUUCUACUUCAACCAGACCAAGGGCUUCCCCUGCCUCAAGAAAGCCGAGGGCAGCAGCAAGCCGCACUGCCUGGGCAAGACCAAGGGCCGAGCGCACCCGGCCAUCGCGCGCGAGGUGCUGCGGAGGCUGCGGGAUUUCUACCGGCCCUUCAACCGCAAGUUCUACCAGAUGACCGGCCAGGACUUCGGCUGGGAUGGAUGACAGAUAUAAUUUAAAAAGAAAAAAAAAUCAAAAUAUAAUAUAUUUUUUUACUGAUCUAUAGAGGAAAGGCGGUUUAAUAUUUGUGCUGAGAAGGUGUGUUUCAGUAUUUCUUUUUUUUCUUUAUUCUCCCUCCCAUUCCAUCCUAAUGUAUAACUAACACAGAACAUUUGGAUAAACCCAGAAAAGGAAGACUUCGCAAACCAAAUACUCCCAAUCUUCUGCUUUCAUUUUGUGUUCUCUACACCCAUUCAUAAAGUAUAAGCAUCAGUUUCUGUAAAACAUAUUUUUUUUUUAUUUCUGGGGAUAAAUAUCUGUUUUUAAAACACAAAGCUGUAAUAAACUUGAUAUUUACCCUUCUGUUUUCCCACCUUUCUCCUGUGCCACUUUUCAUAAAUCAUUUCCCAGGUAACAAUAAUAAAUGUUUGCACACAGUUUUCAUGGCACUUUCAAAUAUAUUUUUUCACCAAACUGCCAAGUGUUAAAGGAGUAUACACAUACAGGUCAUUAUUUCCAUUUUACAGAUAAGGAAAACUGAGUCUCAGGGAGUUUAACGACCUUUGGCCAGAGGGUGCAUCCUUAGCAAAAUCUCAUCUUCAAUUUUUCCUUCUUUUGUGUUACAUUUCCCAAGGGAGGAUGAGACAUAAAACACCUUGAGAAGUUCAAUCUAAGAUGACUUGGAAAGGGACAGACAGCUUCCUAUUGCCUCUGAGGUCUAGGCUGGCCUGUGGCACCCAGUCUCAUUACAUAGUUGUAUCCAAUAAAGUCACUAGAGCUGAGACACAACCUUUCCUAAGAGCUCAUCUUGCCUCCUGACUUGCCAAAGCAUCCUGAGCUCAGGGAAACAGACUGGUGGUCAGCUGAGCUCCAGAGAUAUUACCCAGUGCUUUUGUUUGAGAGCAAGGUGGGUGAGCAUAGCGAGAACUCAAGAGUAGGGUUAUUUCCUAUUGGUUGACUUGACUUUUCUUCUUCUUUUUUAAGGAAAAACCCACAUCAAAUGUGAACCCAUUUUCCAUUGCCUUUUUUUGCAGAAAGGAAAUCUACUUUUCAUCACAAUAUCUUGUUUCUAACCUUGGACGUAAUACUAAAAUAUUAUCAGCUAACACCUUCCCAACACCCUCAUUUUUCAUGGAGACUAUCACUCUGUCACUUUAUUUUUUCAUCCAUUUCCUACUCAUACCAAUUAUCACCUCAUGCUCAUUAAUGUUUUGAAAAUAUUCUCAGAAAUACAAAACUACACUUGUGGGCAAAGAAGUGUUUGUUUUCCCUCUGUUCCUGCCUCUUCCUGCCCAUCCCCCACUUAAAUCCUUCAGAUAAAUCAAUAGUUUAUUAAGAAAGUAGUCCUUGGCUCUCUGAGUGGCUAUUAACAAGAUUAGCAUUAAUGGGAAUUAAAUUGGUUUAGCGAGGAGCACAUAUGCAUGGGAUAUAUAAAACAUUUAUAAUUACUAUGUCAGCACCAUUUUAUUACAGGCUUAAACCCAAGAAGAAAUGUCUUCUACUCCAUCAAAGUUUUUUUUAUCUACCAAAAUUUAAAGGACCAGACAUUCCAGUAUAAUACAAUAAAGCUCUGCUUCUUCAUGUUAUCAAUCAAAAGAAACUAAGAUUGUUUUAAAAUAUGCAGGAGCAUUGUCAUAGAUGCUACAUGUAAAUAUUCCCUGAGAAGACUAACAUGGGAUUGAGAUGAAGAAAGAUCUUGUAAGUUUCUAGAUAUGUGUGUAUACACACACACACACGCACACACACACACACACACACAGUCUUUGGGUUUAUUUGUUAAUAUCCCAUUUACAAGAGUCAAGUAAAUACCAAAGCCAGGUAACCCUUUCCAGUUGAUCUUCAUUUCUGUGCCUUUACUUAUUCAAUGCCACAGCCUGUUAAUGUCAUGGCUUAUUUUAUGCUACAUUAAUCACCACAAUAAGAUACUCAUUUAAAACUCUUCUAAUCUUUUAAUUUGUUUUGUUUGUGCUUCUAAAUCUUUUGUAUGUGUCCCUUUGUCUGCCAUUAUGGAAAAGUGGCUUGCCUUGCACAAAAAAAGAAAUUAAUUGUAUCUAAUUCAAUAACUUCCUCUUUUUGUGUGGAAGAUAUAAUAAAAGAACAGUUUAGUUGUAA